AAAUUACUUCGCACACUCUCCGUACACGAAAUUCCAAGUGCCACUCCUGCCAAAAAAUCUCAACAUGACUCGAUUUGAUGGGAAAUAUGACAUGCCCGAGCCAGCCAGCGAAUUCGUUGAAAAUGUUAUGGAUCCAGAAAAACAACCAUUUACGGCCUAUGUCCCGGAGGACAACAUCAAUUUCCACCAUAAGUCGAAGGCAGAAAGACAAUUAGUUCUCAAAGCCGACUGUCUCAUCAUUCCAGUUGCUGCUCUUAUCUACUUCGUUGCUUAUCUUGAUCGUAACAGCAUCGGCAAUGCUCGACUCCUAAGACCGGAGAAAACUCUCCACUUGAGCCCAGAGCAGUACUACAACUGUCUAAUGAUGUUCUUCGUAGGAUAUGUCAUCUUCAUGCUUCCUGGAAUCAUCCUCCUCCGUUUCUUCGUCCCACAUCAACAACUCUAG